AUGCACGAGAUGUCUCAUAUGGGCCCUCGGGCCUUCAACCACGAACAAAGUCAAGACACGGAAGCCGAAUAUGACCGUCUCCGCGACCUGGCGCGACAGGAGGCCUCCAAGCGCAACUCAUGCUUUCAACGGUCCCAAGAAGCAUACACCAGCGGCGACGGCGCGCGGGCCAAAGAACUCUCGGAGCAGGGCAAGGCCCACGGGCGCAAGAUGGAGGAGUACAACAAGCAGGCCUCCGAGUUCAUCUUCCGCGAGAACAACGCCGAGGGCCGCGUCGCGCCGGACACCAUUGAUCUCCACGGACAGUUCGUCGAGGAGGCCGAGGAGAUCCUCGAGGAGCGGAUCCGCUAUGCGAAGAACCACGGGCAGACGCAUUUACAUGUCAUCGUCGGAAAGGGCAACCAUUCCGCCAACCACGUGCAGAAGAUCAAACCCCGUGUCGAACAGGUCUGUCGCGAGCUCGGGCUCCAGUAUGCGACGGAGGAGAACGCCGGCCGCAUCUACGUCAACCUGACCGGCGGACCGGCCGAUAUGUCUCAGGCGCCCGCGGCGCAUCAUCAGCAACCUCACCACCACCAGCAGCAGCAGUACCCUGGUGGUCAACAGCAACCGCACCAGUAUCCGCAGCAACAGCACCAGCAAUACCCACAACAGCAACAGCACCAGCAACAGCAAGGGGGUAACCAGAACGAGCUUGAAGAGGUUGUCAACGCCGUUCUCCCCAGAAUUCUGCGCAAGCUGGAAAAGGCUUGCUGUGUGGUUAUGUGAGGGGAUGGGCUGGCUGGCUUGCGACAGGGAUAUACGACGUGGGCAUUGGCCGGAUUUUUGGAAUAUAAGAUACAGUCCCUUAAUAAUGUUCUUGGACUAAUACGACGGUUACUGGUUGAUGAGAUUUGGAUUGUUGUUGGAUAUUUGUUAUUCUCCUGUGUCGGGGGAGCGGGGUAAGGAGUCGCCCUGAUUUCUUUCAUACAACUACCCUGUUCCAUACUCUUGCAGGCAGCAGACAAAGACACUCUUCGUAAAGAAAUGUUUAUCACGUGUGCAAUUUCUGAUUCAGCACUGCUACUUAGGAAAGAUCAUGCAUGUUUCUUCC